AUGAAGGAUUGUAAUCCUGUAAAUACUCCAUCUGAGUUUGGAGUGAACCUAAACAAAGAUAAUGGAGGAAAGAAGGUUGACAACACUCUUUACAAACAAAUAGUGGGGAGUUUAAUGUAUUUGACAGCAACAAGACCUGAUAUAAUGCAUGCUGUAAGUGUGAUUAGCAGGUACAUGGAAUGUCCUACAGAGAUUCAUCUCUUGGCUACAAAAAGAAUUUUCCGUUACUUGCAAGGUACUAAAGAGUUUGGGCUGUUCUACAAGAAUGUAGAAAAGUCAAAUCUGUUUGGCUUUACAGAUAGUGAUUAUGCAAGAGAUUCAGAUGAUCGGAAAAGCACAUCUGGUUAUGUUUUCAUGAUGGGGACAGGAGCUGUUUCAUGGUCAUCAAAGAAGCAACCUAUUAUCACAUUAUCAUCCACUGAAGCUGAAUUUGUUGCUGCAACAGCUUAUGCUUGUCAAGCUAUUUGGCUAAAGAAAAUCCUUAAAGAGCUACAUUUCAAGGAGGAUGGACCAACUCAGAUUUAUUGUGACAAUAGUUCAGCAAUAAAGCUUUCAAAAAAUCCAGUUUUACACAGUCGAAGCAAACAUAUAGAUGUGAAGUAUCAUUUCUUGAGGGAUCUCACAAAUGAUGGAGUCAUUAAUCUUAUUUACUGCAGAAGUGAAGACUAG